UCAAAAUCAGGAUUAUCAGUCAGACAGAAUAGUCUGGAUAAUUUUUUUAAUUGACAAUGUUUAAUUGUUAAAUAUAAAUGAAAUUUAAAUGUAUUAUUUGUUUUAUUAAAUUUUAUCAUUCAAAAGCUGAGAAGAUGUCAACAACACAUUCAAAAAUUCCAGUUACCAUUGACAGUCAGUUGAAAUUGAAAGACAUUGAAUGUAAAUUAUAUUUCGUAUUGUCAUCUGAUAAAGUUUGUAUGGGUGUUCUUGAUGUUGAGAUAUUGUUUUAUUAUAAAGAGUUGCAGUGUCAGGAUGAUAGUAAUUUGUCAUGUAAUAGUUGUGAUGUAAUUGGAGGUGUUUGGAUGGCGAUGAAGCUUGUUGAUCUUGGACCUUACAGAAAGACAGAUCUACAAACUUGGGAAGAUAAUUUUAGAGCAUCAAUUCUUGAUGACAGGUUGACUUACAAAAUUAUUGAUGAACUCGAAGCAUGGAAAGAACGUCACCAAGAAAUUUUUUAUAUUGAGUUGAAAAAAAAAGAAAAAAGAUAUUUGAAUAGAUUAAGUGAAGAGUGGAAGGAACCAAAAGAAGUAUUAGAUACAUUACAUUCUUUAUCUGUUUUUCAAGGACAUACAGAAGUUGUUACUUUAAUUGUAUCUACAAGAGAAGAUAAAAUUGUGUAUUGUCAGCCAAGUAUCAACUCCAUAACAUACACUGUAAAAUAAAAUAAACAAAAAUUGGUUUGAUGAAUUAUGGGGUUAUUUCUAUUAAUGUAAAAUGAAUAUUUAAUUACCAUUAUUUCAACUAGAAAUAAUGUACUACCAGUUUCUUCUUUUAAUAAUCAAUCAGCAAAAAUAACUAAGAUUCCAUCGUGAUUGUUCUGAAGAGAAAAAAAACAACAUGAAAACAAAUUAUGAGACCAGUUAUUAUCCAUGAACUUAUCAACAAAGUAACAACUGUAAAUGCUGAAAUUUUAAAAUGAUUUGUUGCAACGACUAAAUUAACUUCUCCAAUAAUAUCAAACUA